UUUCUUUCUUUUCUGAACAAAUAAAUCAUGGAAGAAAAACAGCUGUGUGUUUGGCUUCGAUCCGUUGAAGUAACUAAGUUCUCAUGAUAUGGAUUAAAAUUUUUAUUCAGGCCCUUUCAUGAAGAGGAUGGUGCCUGAAAACUGUCUUAAAGUCUUGAAUAGAUGCACACUCGCAGGAUGCGCUGGUGCGCGCGUUGUAGUGUUUGUUCCAGUUUAAACCGCGUUAAUUAAAACGUUAACCUGAUUGGGUGGAGAGUGAGGGGGAGGGAGGCUGUCUCAGCCCCAAUAGGCGAAUCCUUUUUAAUAACCCGCCUCGGGAUAAUGAUGUGAAAAGACUGAAGCGUCUUGUGCGUAACGAGGAUGAUGGUGGUGAUCCGCCGAAGGUGAAUCCAACACAUACACAUAUAGAGAGAGAGAAAGAGAGAGAGAGGGAGAGAGAGAGAGAGAGAGUGACACUUUUUACACAAGUCUUUUCUUCAUCACCGCACCUCAGCUGACAAGAGAAGCCCCAAACUUCGCCGCUGACGCGCAAACAGAGGGAGAAACUCACUGAGAGGCGUCAGGAGUUCCCGGAACCCACCAGGCCAUGGACCGGAGGAUGAACCUGAACGGCGGCGCGGCAGGGGACAUUUUUCACAAAACUCUCAGUGCCGUGUCCGGCAAAAAGAUGGACCCGUUCAGAGCGUCUGCCGGCAUGGAGCUGCCGCCCAGAGACCGCCAGUCUCCAAUUAGCUGCUUUGACCAAGUCGAUCCUGACCCGAUCCAGCCCGGUGGACUGGCUGGAAGCAGAGGGGGCACUCUGGGUCUGCCGACUGGAUCUUUGUGCGUCAAGUACGGGGAGAGCGCCAACAGGACCUCGGCGGCGGAGAGCAGCGGCGGAGAGCAGAGCCCCGACGACGACAGCGACGGGCGGUGCGACAUGGUCCUCCUGACCGACGUGCGGACAGCAGCCGGGGGUAAAGCUGAAGGAGGAGGUAAGAAAACCAAAGAGCAGAAAAUGCUGCGGCUCAACAUCAACGCCAGGGAGAGACGGCGGAUGCACGACCUGAACGACGCGCUGGAUGAGCUCCGGGCGGUGAUCCCCUACGCGCACAGCCCGUCGGUGCGCAAACUCUCCAAAAUCGCCACCCUGCUGCUCGCAAAGAAUUACAUCCUCAUGCAGGCGCAGGCGCUGGAGGAGAUGAGGAGGCUGGUGGCGUACCUUAACCAGGGCCAGGCCAUCUCCGCGGCUUCCAUACCAGCCACCACCGCGCUGGCAGCUCCUCCACCCGGCCUGGGCGCGUACGAGCAACCGCCCGGAUACCCGUUCCCCGCCGGGGUCACUGCGCCCUCCUGCCCGGACAAAUGCGCCCUAUUCAACAACGCCGCGUCCAGCCUCUGCAAACAGUGCACUGACAAGCCUUAAAACUGACCACAGAGACUACAAAGAAGCACACAAGGAGAAAAAUCUGACAGAGGAUCGAGUAGAGACAAAAAUUAACAUUUUUAUAAUAUUUACUAAACGCAUUAAACCUCGCUUUUGUUUUUUUUGGGGGGGGGGGUUCUGUUCGAACAACACUUGAUUGUGUACAUAAAUCAUCUUUAAAGUGCUGGUGUGAAUGAAGGCCGAACAGAAGCUGAAUUAAAGGCCUGUUGCUCUGUGAUGGACCCUCUGUGGAGAUUUCUGGGUGACCUGACAACCUGCGUGACUUUUUUUUUAUCCGGAGCGCAACAGCACCGACCUCACUGCUGCUUUCUCAUGCGUUUACUUUGACUACUAAAUCAAAGGCCCAGUUUUCAAAAGAACAUUCCAAGUGAAUGUUUCGGACGAGGAGAGUUAAAUAAUAAUAAUAAAAAAAGAAAACAAGUGAACCACUCGGUUAGAUACUUAUUUAGUUGCGAAAGAUUUACUUUCAACUCAGCGAAUAAAAAAAAAAAAAUCUGAAAAACUAGAAAGGCAUACAUUUAGGUCUUCAAGAUGGUUUUAUGUGUCUUUUGUAAUUUAUUAAUUUGGGAUAUUUAUGGUAUUUAUGCUUGCAUUGCACAUUGUCGUCUAAGUUGAUGUGUUUUCUGCAUUUUUUCAUGAUUUUUCGUUCUGAUGAAUCGCGCUGUCAGGUCAAGGCUUUGGUUUAUUGUUGUAGAUACUUUGGUUGUUAUAAGAUCAAAGGGGGCCGUUUGUAUGUAUUUGAGUGUGGAAAAGCUUUAUUAAAAUAUUUUGAACAACAGCAGAAAAAAUAUAUAUCUGGUUAUUUAUCCAAGGCAGUCAGUGCAACUUGAAGCAGAGAAAGGUGCUUUUAAAUGUUUGAAUGUUGCUCGCAUUGAUGUGUCAUAUUUCACGGUUUAAUCGUUUUAUUUUACUUCAGUUCAGUUCACAACAAAUUCCACCUUAAUGCUCUUUAGAAGACAAAACGUUUCGAUUCAUACUGAGCUCUAUGGACAUAUUCCAUCAAGCACAAACCAUUCCGAUCAGGCAAAUUCAGAUUUUAGCGCGUUUGUUACACAUUCAGGGUGAUUCUGUGCGUAAAGAAUCUCUAACUUCUCAAGUUUCUUGGCUCACAUCAGGUGUCAAUAAUUCUUCCCUCCAUCAAAACUGCUUCCCUUUUUUUUUACAGCUGAUUUGCGCCAAAUCCUUGGAGAGAAGUGAUGGUUGAAAGCACAUCAAUCAUUCUUAAAAAGGGAGAUCCGAUUGCAGUUAAAUUAAUAAUAUUAGAUCGACUUGCAUUACGAUGCGUAAGAGAAUGUUAAUGGAAAAAAAAACAGGUGAUGAGAGUUGUCGCUGUAAUACCUGCCUGCAGAUAAUCAAACUCCUCGUUUAAGGGCGAUUACACCCUCACGAUGUGAUUAAGACAUGUAAUUACACCGCUGUUCAAUCAUUGUCGCAGUUUUGCGUCUCUAAUGAGAACGCAGCUGCAGUCGCAGCGACUUUGGCCCUUUGGCCCUCCUUUUAUUUUAAAGGCCAAACGACACAAUAUUUCCCCAACGUGCUGAUUAUAAACAUUAUGGGAAUAAUUUUAAUAGGAAUCAUUAAACAGUUUAAAAAAGAAUAUCAGACAGUUAAUCGUUUCUUGUAAAAAUAACUAAAUGGAAAUUAUCCAGCAGAUCCACAGCUCUGUUUUCAGGAAAUGAUCAUUCAACCUACUCAGGACAGCAGUAUUGUACAGCUAUGACUGAUUUACUGUAAAUACAAAAAGCUUAUUUUGGUUUUAAAAUCUUACUGUAACUCCUGAUGGACUUGUAUUACUGAGGAUGAAAUGUAAAGCUACAGAAACACGAUGUAAACUGAUUCUACAGUCACUGAACUCGCUCAGAGUUUAGUCUCACUGUGAAAGCACUAACUGUGAAAGUUGACGUACCGUAGUUUGUUUAAACACAGAAGAACUGUUGGGGAACACAAUAGUUUUUCUGUGAGCAAAACAACAUUUGUUUACAACACUGUGAUAUCUAAAUUAUAUCUAUGUUUGAAAUAUAAUUCUGAAAAAUUGUCUUAUCUGCUGUGGGAACAAAAGUCAGUUUGCAACCUAUAAGGAAAGGAGCAGCAAAAAACACAAAAAUAACCCCCCCUACAUAUUUUACAAUCCCUUUCUUCAGAUUUCAUAAUUUGUUCUUAAGUAUAAUGUUUGUUUACUUUUUGUAAAAUCAUAUUAGUAUUUUUAGUUCAAACAUAUACUGGCUAAUUUACAGCUUCAUAGUCUGCAGGAUUUUUUAAAAUCGUUUUUGCUCAUAACAAUCUCUCUUCUACAAACAGAAAACAUUGAAGUUUGACAGCUCCAAUAGUUUCCCAUGAAGCUAUGAAACUUUAUGUAAUCUUUAAAAGCAGAUACUUUUGUUGUUUAACGGUGAUAACUUGGUAAAAAUUCCCAAUUUUUACACAGAAGAUGCAUCCUGGGUCACAUUUUAAGCUUAUGCUUAAAACUUCAGUACCUUCCACUAUAUGUUCUUAGUUUCUUUGACUUUACUAUCAUGUGUAUGUAUUCAAGCAAAAGAAAAAUUUCAUUAUUAUCAUUUCUUCUUACACCACAGGCAGCAAUUCUCCAAAUUUCCAAUUAAAAAUCUAAUAACUUUU